AUGCGUAAGGGAGCAUUUGUUGAUGCUGGUAACAAUGUGUUAAAUGCUAGUGAUAUCAAAACUGCUAUGGAAUACUGUGACGGCAUAAAAAAUCUUUGGAUUGCGGUCGCUAAAAAUGAUCAAACCGCAGUUAUCACAGAAAAAACUAUUUUGCCGGAAAUCAGUUCUAUUAGAAGCAUUCAGUACACUCCGAACGGUAUGGUACUUGGAAAAUCAUCUGGUAUCGGGGAUGGAUUAUUUAUUCUGUAUUCUAAUCCAACGGUCAAACCAAAUAUGAAGCUUAUCGAACCGUUUGAACCGGCACCCACGCCUAUAAGUCGACGGUUAAACAACAAUAAACAGAGAUCAAAACCACGAAUAGACCGUCAAUAUAAUACUUAUUACUUUUGCCCGGUUGAUAAUUGUACGAAAGUGUUCCAGUCUGAAAAUGAACUGCUUGAACAUAUUGCUGUUGGUCUCCACGAGGAGGAAAGCUCUACUGACAAAACAUCGGACGACAUUGCACGUCUUCAAUUAUUCCAAAAACUACAGCACACAAAUCUAUCAACACUGACUAGUACACAACCGCAGGUGACGAAAAUGACGACAGAUCAGCCACUUCUGCCGAAACAUAUGAUUUACUUUGAGGGUGAAGGUCACUGCCUUCGUCCGAAACGGCAAAACAAAGCGAUUGAUCCAGAUAUUAAAUUAUUUCUUAAGACAGAAACCAAAUCGAAAAUAAAUUCUCAGAAGUGUCCGAAUGCUGAUUCAGCGAGAAAACAAUUUCUUGAGCAUUUAAGUGACGAAGAGACAGCUGAUAUUAACCCACCAGCGAAAAAGCAGCGAUACUCAUUAAGAAAUCAUCGAACGAAAGACAAUACAUCAAUAUUAGAAGGCACUUUAGACGAUGAUUUCAUGGUGAAAUCCACGGUACGAAGUUCGGCACGGAUACAUAUACCGACGAUCCGUUCCAAACCACUUAAGAAUAAAAUUCUCGUCGAAUCGUCUGACAGUGACUAUGAUGACGAGGAUGAGAAAGCUUGGACGAAGAUACGUGUAAUUCAGGCAGCAAAACGACGUCUUUUAACUUAG